UUGCGAUUUCUUUUUACCGAAUUAUUGCUUUAGUUUAUAUGUUAUUCCGCAUUUUAGUUUUAUCGGCUGUAAGAGCGUUAUGAUGUUACGGAGUUUUAAACAAGCGAAGGCGGGGUGUUGUUAGUUGUGAUGUAAAAUGCAGACAAAUGCUGAUACAAAUAGUCCAACUUUCGACUUCUUACCUACACAUGGCUCAGAGUUCCGUGUUCUUGUUGGGGUAACUGGUAGUGUAGCGGCACUCAAAGUUCCUACAUUGGUGUCAAAACUACGUGAGAUACCAGGGGUUGACGUGCGAGUGGUAACCACUGACCAUGCCACUCAUUUUUACAAUGUUGCAGAAAUUCCUGUUCGAGUCUUUAGGGACAAGGAUGAGUGGGAGAUGUGGACCAAGCGUUCAGACCCUGUGCUACACAUUGAGCUUAGACGUUGGGCAGACCUACUAGUCAUUGCUCCUCUGGAUGCCAACACACUUGGCAAGAUUGCCAGUGGGAUCUGUGACAAUCUCUUGACAUGUGUAGUGCGAGCCUGGGACACAAGUCGUCCACUUCUCUUUUGCCCUGCCAUGAACACAGCCAUGUGGCAACACCCUAUCACUGCCCAGCAAGUGUCCACUCUCAAAGGCUUCGGCUAUGUCGAGAUCCCCUGUAUCGCCAAGAAACUGGUCUGUGGAGAUGAAGGUAAAGGGGCCAUGGCAGAGGUUUCAACCAUUGUUGAUACAGUCAAACAACACCUUCAGAGAUCUCCUUUACCGUCGGAGAGAUAAGGUAAUACAAAGCAGAGAGCAAGAGCUGGAAUUGCAGAAUUCACCAAAUUUUCACUGGAUCAGCAUUUUACAACAGGUCACACAUCAUUUCCACUGAAUGUUAACAAUUAUUAUUCAGUGUGAUAUCAAGUGUGAAUUCAUGUUCACUGAAAUGUAUAUUUGUUCUUUGUAAGUUAUGCAUUUCUAAAUUGUUCCAGUGGAAGCACUCUUAACCUUUCAGUGUUAGAGUUCUAAUUCU